AAGUGGGCGCGAGUGAGUCAUCAGCGCUAUGAAAGGGGAGCGGACUCGGAGCGAGGGCAGGGAAGUGCGAGUUUGAGCUGAGAACAUUCAGACCCCACACAGCAGGAGCCAUGCCUGGUGCUUCCAUUGCCUGCUUCCUGUGCCUGCUCGCUGUCUCCUCAGCUUGCUACAUCUCAAACUGUCCCAUUGGGGGAAAGAGGGCAGUGAUCGACUCAGCCAGCAGAAAAUGCAUGGCGUGUGGUCCUGGGCACAGGGGCCGCUGCUUUGGCUCCAGUAUUUGCUGCGGGGAGGAGCUGGGUUGUUACGUUGGUACCCUGGAGACGGAGCGCUGUCUGGAGGAGAAUUCCCUGCCGUCUCCGUGUGAGGCUGGAGGGAGAGUGUGCGGGGCCGAGGAGGGGGGGCGCUGCGCUGCACCCGGGAUCUGCUGUGAUGAAAAGGGCUGUCGAGUGGACUGGGCUUGUUCUGAAGGAGACGCGUUCAGCAGCAGCAGCAGCCGUUCAGAGGGAGAGGCGGGGGCGCAGACCCCAAGAGAGUUCCUCCUCAGACUGCUGCACCUGGUGAGCCGACAGCCGCAGAGGAAAGUGCCUCAGUGAGCGACGCUGUGGGAGUGAUUGCAGCCCCAGCUCCCUCCCAGACACUGGGAAUGAACCGCUGACACCCAGCAAGAGCGCUUCUUCAGGGGCCCUUUUUGAAAAAAAUAGAAAAAACAAAUAUAACUUAUAUAAAAAAAAAUAAUUGUUCCUGUAGCCA